CCCUCCUCCCCUUCCUCACACGCGCAGGCAUUUCUCUCCCCUCCCUCCACACACACACACACACGCUUUCCUCCUCCUCGCCUCGGCCGCCAUGAACCCCAGCUGUGCCCGCUGCGGCAAGAUCGUGUACCCGACCGAGAAGGUGAACUGCCUCGACAAGUUUUGGCAUAAAGCAUGUUUCCACUGCGAAGUCUGCAAAAUGACUCUCAACAUGAAAAACUACAAGGGCUAUGAGAAGAAGCCGUAUUGCAAUGCACACUACCCAAAGCAGUCCUUCACUAUGGUGGCAGACACUCCAGAAAACCUGCGCCUUAAGCAGCAGAGCGAGCUUCAGAGUCAAGUCCGCUACAAGGAGGAGUUCGAAAAGAAUAAAGGGAAGGGCUUCAGCGUGGUGGCUGACACCCCGGAAUUGCAGCGAAUCAAGAAGACCCAGGAUCAGAUCAGUAACAUAAAGUACCAUGAAGAGUUUGAGAAGAGCAGGAUGGGCGCACCUGGUGGAGAGGGAGGCGAAUCGGAACGCCAGAACUCCCAGGAGGGCGCCAACUACAGGAGGCCACUGGAGCAGCACCCACCACCACACCAGCAACCUCAUCAUGUCCAACCAAGUACUCCUGUUUACCACCACCAGCCACCAGCACAACCAGCCUCUCAGUCUUACAGCUACAAGGAACCAGCAGCACCUGUCUCAAUACAGCGUAACGCCCCAUCUGGCGGAGGGAAGCGGUUCCGUGCAGUCUACGAUUACAACGCAGCCGAUGAGGACGAGGUCUCCUUCCAGGACGGUGACACCAUAAUCAAUGUGCAGCAGAUUGAUGACGGCUGGAUGUAUGGCACCGUUGAGCGGACCGGUGACACAGGCAUGCUUCCAGCCAACUAUGUGGAGGCUAUAUGAGCUCCACUCGGGUGCCACCCUGAAAGCAAGCAGGGGGAGGGGCUCUUGUGUGCUUCUUGUUCCAUUAUCCCUUCUCUGCUGUCUUGUCACACAUCAGUUAUUUUGUUCCGAACCUCUGACAUGGCCAUUUAAAAAAUAUCUUCUGCCAACA